AUGACAAUGAUAGUGAUAAACAAUGCUGAGCAUAUGAAGAUACGUAUGCGACGUCAAUUAUGCGGAUGCAAUCAACUGCAACAAGUGCAACCAUGGAUUGGCGAAUUAUGCAUUUGCGUCCCAAAAUCAUCCAUAUUUUCGAUGUCAUGCACAUGUCCACAAGUGCAGCAACAGUUACAACAAUCAAAUUAUUGCGGAUGCAAUUUGCAUGCACAUAUCGGACAGCAAUGUCAAACAGGUUGCCAACAGUCAUGUAACACGCAGUGCAAUCCAUAUAUGCCACAAAUGCACUGUGAGAAUGCAUGUAAUGAUGCAUGCAUACAGUCAUGCAACUUGCAACAGCAUCAAAAUCAACAAUCUGGUAAUUUACUCUAUUGGAAUCCAAAUAUAAAUUCAUUACAACAAUCAUAUCCAUAUUCUUAUCAACAAUUAUCACCUAUUCUGGAACAAUGCUUCAUUUGUUUAAUUAGUUGUGAACAAUUAUGCAACAAUCAGCAAUCAUUUUUGGAUGGUAAUCGCAUGCAAUGCGGCUGCAUGCAACAGUGCCAGCCAAGUUGCUCAUCUAGCAACAUGCAAUCACAAUCAUUUUCAAUCAUACAGCAACAAUGCAUGCCACAUUGUCAACAGAAUUGUCAACAAUUUUGCAAUCAAAAAAUGAUAAACAAUCAACAUUGUCAACCACAAUGCAAGCAACAUUGCACCGAUAUUUGCAUCAUAUCAUCGGAAGCACAAUUUGCCAAAUCGAUGAAUCCAUUUAGCAAUCCAAUUUCAUAUUCAUAUUUGUUUCCACAUCUUACCCAAUCACAAUUUUGUUUUGCAAAUUGUUUUGAUAGUUGCAAGCAAUCAUGUGGAAAACAGCAAACUAUCCAAUGUUCUAAUCCAUGUACACAAAAUUGUCAACAAUUUUGUCAAUAUUAUCAACAACAGCAACAAACUUUAUCUGUUAGUCAGCAAGCUAAACAACCAUAUAAACUACAGAUAAUUCGAGUAGGCCUUCAUGCUUCAAUGCUUGAAUCAACACAAUGUAUUCCACAAUGUCAACAAACAUGCUUACAGCAAUGUAGCACAAAUCUUAUCAAAACACAAUGCCAACCAGCUUGUCAAACAAUUUGUCAACAAAAUUGUGGUCAUCGUCAAUUACCGUUACAAACACAACAACAACAACAGUUGACACAAUGUCAACAAACAGCGAUAAUGCAUUGUUAUUGUACAAACGGCAAUAUUCCAUGUAAUAACGGAUCGCAAUGUUGCAAGAAACAUUAA